AUGCAGGAAGCUAUUGAUGCUCAGGUGGCUGCUAUCCAGCAGGCUCAUGCCCAAGUCAGGGAGAUGGAGACUGCCAUGGAGGUCAGGCAGGUUAUCCAAGGUGCUGCCAAAGCGAAGCCAGUCAGACCGAGACAGGCACCUGCCAGUAGAGAUCCUGGCCAGGAAAUUGGCCCUCCUGUUGCAACAGAGACCAGACAGGCAAUCCAAGUCACUGCUAAAGUGAAGUCAGUCAGACCAAGACAGGGGCCUGUCAGCCUUCAAGGAAAACCUGGAAAUAUAGUCAUCCAACCUCAUGGUGAAGUUGAAGUUGCUGAUAUGGAAGUCAACACUCACCAGGUAACUGCUCCUGCUAUUGCAGACUAUACAAGCAACAAGCCACAGAGUGGGAGAACAGCUAGCUGCAUGCUGAGAAGGCAAGGUGCAGUCACCAACCUUGAUCUGCUGGCAAAUGUGGCAUCAACACAUGGAUCCAAUGAAACCUCCCAGCAGGCAUACAUUCUUAUUUUCAACUGUUUGAUGCCAGGUCCAUCAUUGGGUCAAGGAUGUCCCAACUGGGCUGAUGCCACAAUCCAACAGACUACCAACUUCCAUCCCUUCUUUGACAAGCAGAGCUACUACUGCUGUCAACUCCAAUACAAGCCUAGCAUACCAGGAUCAGUCAUCUUCAACAUCUUCAAUCAGGGAAAGAUGCCUGCACCAACCCACUGCAUGGACAAAGAGGAAUUAGAAGACCAACCAGCUUUCUCUGUCAAGGUUGUAGGUCAUGACAAAUUCAAGGUGGUCACAAGCACAGCUAAUGAUAUAGAGAGCAACAAUGAAUUCAAUCAGCUCAUUUUUGAGGAGGCACAGACUGGCUCGAAGUGCAAGUAUUUGGAUCAUGACAACACCAACUAUGUUACCUCAUCCAAGGUUGAGGACUUUGAUGAUGAAUACUUUGACGUUGAGGAUCACAAUUUGAACUCUUGUAUGUUGCCUGCUAAGGAAUUGUGUGUUGUGAUGACUGAUAAUGGAGUAGAUGAACCAAAGAAAUCAAAGGUUGACAGGGAUGCAGACCAAGAAUCAGGACAGAGGUGCACUACAGCAGGUCAAGCACCUUCAACAAGGACCAUGGGCAAGGCCAGCAAACACUCUUGUUACCGAAGCCAAGAUCUGCCUUCUGUGCUGAUGGCAGGCAAGAUGGGGGCAAAAGAAAUUAUGCCUGCUCUCCUUGUGUGGGCUGGAAGCUUAGCUGACCCUUGGACAAUCUCAGAUGAAGAACUCAUAUGGUCGCUGCAAAUCAUUAUCCUGACCAUUGCUCCAGACUUUGAGGACCUGAAUGAUGUUUGUCCUGGGACAGCUGUCUUUAAUAUUGUAUUGCAUGUCAAUGACUCUGCCAGUGGCACAGCAACUUUGGAUCCACUGCAAUCACUCUUAUUGCUCACUUCCUUGUCUCAGAUCCAGAAAUUGCCCUGUGCUGAUUCUUCUGAUGUCCCAAAACUGAAGAUCAGGGAACUGAAAAAUACAGGCAUCAAAGGUGCACUAGCCCUUACCUGUGCUGCAUUGCACCAUACACUUUCCCUGUUCAAAACUGGAAAACUGCAAAUUGACACUAAGCACAUGUCCUUCAGAAAGGCAGCUAUCAAGAUCCCACUCAAGGUGAACAAGGUGACCAGGAAGGAGUUGUCAGCUGUUUCAGCAUUCUCCAAGCAGAAUUGUGGCCCCUGCACCAGGCAAUAUGCUAUAGCCAUCACUAAGUGUGACAACACUGUGCUCUGUAACAUCAUUAUGGGAGCAACUAUGCUCAUUCCAUACAGUAUGGAUUGCAUGUCAGAGGGAGGGAGCUUUCAACAUGGGGAGGACAACAUCAACAAUUUAAUUGCCACUCUUUGUACCCAAGCAGUGUCUUUUAAGGGGAAGCAAGAUCAUAGCAGUCUAGAAGACCCAUUUAAAGGGGAGCAGAUGCUGCCAAAUCAACGUGCUGAAUUGGUUGAUACUGUGGGUCAUGACCCAACCCCAAAGCAGACUGCAUCUUGGAAAUUGGGUGUCAUGCUGACCAUUCAAGAUUUUCUAUUGGAAGUGGUUCCUCCAUUUUCAAAAUGCAAAUCAUUUGCCCCUGUGAUAACUUUCGAUCGAGAUCCAGACUUUUAUGUUGCAUGA